AGCUGGGGGUGGAAUUAUUCGCUGACGGCCCACCCCCUACUUCACCCUCUUUGGAACGCUGCCUAGCUCUACUGCGCAUGUGCCUCACUACGAGGCGCGCUUCGGCCAAUCAGCAGACCUCACAUUUCUCCCGCCGCAAUCUCGCCUCGGCGCGCGUCUCCUCAAGAAGCCAGUUUUCCCCAGCGUGUAUCUAUGGCAACCGUCGGGUUGUCUUCUUGAAAAAAAAUCAAAAGCCCCGCCCUCCCCUUGUUCUAGAAAGCAGAAGGCGGGUUAGAUUGUUCUUCGACGGAAUAAAAACUGGACUGUUCAAUCCAGUCACCGCCUGAUUUCGAGUCUGUCUGUACUCGCGAAGCGCGGGAACCUUUCGGCGGGCGGAGACGGGCCGGCGAGCAAAGCCCUCUGGGAAGCCCGGUCGCGGCGCUGGCGCGGCGGGUCCCGCGUGGAGAAAAUUCCGAGGUUCGCGCGGCACCGGAAGUGGCUCUGAGGAGGCCGGUGUGAGAGGAUCCGGGACUCCGGCUCCGCCCGGGCCGGAGUCAGUCGCGUCUGUUAGCUCGGCGGACCACCCUCUGGAGGGAGACUCAUGUUCUGACUCAUCCUACUUCUGGACAUUUUGGGGGUUCAUCCAGCAUGGCCAGGAACUCAGUCCUACAAGGAAGGAAGACUGUAUCCCAGUUUCCUUAUCCUUCCUGUGGCCCUGCCAGCUGGGAACAUGGAGGGGAAGAAGGGGGAGCUUGAACUGGGAGUCGGACUGCUGGGCCUAGUCGGCUAUUACUGAGUAACUUGUAACCCUCAAGGACGUGGCCAUGGACUUCACUUUGGAGGGCUGGGAUCAGCUGGGGCUGGACCAGGGGGACCUGUUCUGGGACACGGCAUUGGACAACUACCAGGAUCUCUUCUUGCUGAACCCUCCAAAUCCGACCUCCUGUCCAGAUGGUGGGGAAGAGCUGGAGAUCCCGGAGCAAGGAAGUCCAGAAGUGACAGGCCCUGACACAGCUGAGGCCAAGAUUUCCCCUUUGCCACAGGAAUUCUCGGAUGAACUCUCUCAGGAGAUACUGGAGUCGUUUUCCAAGGAUGGCCUCUGGAACUCUAACUUCGAAGACGCCUUCACAGGCGAGAGCUGGUUAGAUAGUUUUCUAGAAGAUACAGAAGGUCUUAUAAGCUCUGAAAUUGUCACCAACAAGGAAAGUUCCACAGAGUGCAAAAGUCAUGAGCUCAAGAGUGGCCUUGGUCCUGAGUCCUUCCUUUUCACAGGAGAGGAUUCCCUGACCCAUGACCUUUCCGAGAAGAACGUGGCACCAGCUAAGUCUCAGGAAUGUAAGAAUGACAUUGGCUCCCACUUAGACCAGAGUCAGCUGGAUGCUGCCCAGGAAGGGGUGAUACCAUAUAAAUGUAGUGAAUGUGGGGAGAGCUUCAGCCGGAGUUGCCAUCUUAUCCAGCAUUGGAUUAAUACUCAUAUGGCGGAGGAACCAACUGGGAAUCAAGAGUAUGAGAAUAGUUUCAACCAGAUUUCUUGCCUUUCUGCCCAUCCAAGGACUCACACAGGUUACAAAUCCUAUGUGUGUAACAAGUGUGGGAAAACUUUUAGUAACAACUCACACCUUCUGAGGCAUCAAAAAAUUCACACCAGAGAGAAGACACGUAAGAGUCAAGACAGUGACCAUUCAUCAGGUCUUGUCUCACAGAUUGUUAAACAGCAGAAAACCCACAGAAUUCAUAAAUCCUACAAGUGUAAUGAGUGUGGCAAGAGUUUCAGCCGAACCUUUCAUCUUAUUCAGCAUCAGAAGACCCACACUCGGAAACACUAUGAAUGUGUCAAAUGCAAGGCCACCUUCAACUUCAACAAAUACCUCCUCCAACAUCAGAAAAUUCAUGCUUCAAAAACUACCUCUAAGUGUCAAGAAUGUGGGAAGACCUUCAAGCAUAGCUCAUCCCUCAUUAAACACCAGUCUACUCACUCGGGAGAAAAACCUUAUAAGUGUGAUGAGUGUGGGAAAUGCUUCAGCCAUAGCUUGACCCUAAAGAGCCACCAGAGGGUUCACAGUGGAGAGAAGCCUUACAAAUGUAGUCAAUGUGAGAAAGCCUUCUACCGAAACACUCAUCUGAAUGAACAUCAAAGAAUUCACACGGGCUACAGGCCCCACAAAUGUAACAAAUGUGUCAAAAGUUUCAGCCGGCCUUCCCACCUGAUUCGACACCAGUCUGUUCAUGCCGUAGAAAAGCCCUACAGAUGUGCUGAAUGCAAUGAGACCUUCAGCCAUAAUGAACGGCUUGUCCAGCACCAAAAAAUGCAUGCUAUGGACACCCGCUAUGAAUGUCAGGAGUGUGGUGAGCGCUUCAUUUGCAGCUCGACUCUAACUUGCCACCAGAGCAUUCACACCCAAGAAAAACAAGGACUUGAUGGGAGCGGCAAGAUCUUGAAUCAGAACCUAGAACAGAAAGAUCAUCCAAGGGGUGGCGAGAAGCACUUCAAGUGUAACACGUGCGAGAAAACAUUCAGCUGCAGCAAAUACCUGACUCAGCAUGAGAAGCUUCACACCAGGGAGAAGCCAUUUGAGUGUAAGCAGUGUGGAAAAGCCUUUGUCCAAAGUGCACAGCUCAUUCGCCAUGAGAUCAUACACUCUGGAGUGAGGCCAUAUAAAUGUGAGGACUGUGGGAAGGCCUUCAGCCGAAUCACCUCCCUUACCAAACAUCAGUUCAUCCACAAGAGCGAGCACCCCUUUAAGUGUAAUGAAUGCGGAAAGACUUUCAGCCAAAGUGUCCAUCUCUCAGAACAUCAGUUAACUCACACUGCGGAGAAACCCUUUAAAUGUAAUCAGUGUGACAGAGUCUUUGUGCAGAGUAAGUACCUUAUUCAGCACCAGAAAAGUCAUGCCAGAAAGAGAUCUUUUGAAUGUAAUGAAUGUGGAAAAACAUUUAAACACAACUGGCGCCUUUCCAAGCAUCAGAGAGUUCACACGGGUGAGAAUCCAUAUAAAUGUGGUGACUGUGGGAAAACGUUUAGCCUGAAAGCUGUACUUGUUCGACACCAGAGAGUUCACACCAGAGAAAAGCCUUAUGUUUGUCAGGUAUGUGGGAAAGCCUUCAGCCAGAACUCGUGCCUUUCUAUUCACCAGAGAGUUCACACUGGAGAGAAGCCCUAUCUGUGUGCUGAAUGUGGGAAAGCCUUUUCCCAGAAAGCAAAUCUGAGGCAGCAUGAGAGAAUUCACACUGGGGAGAAGCCUUACAUCUGUGAUGUGUGCGGGAAAACCUUUAGCCUCAGUUCCCAUCUCAGUCAGCACCAGCUAAUUCACACCCAAGAAAAACAAUAUCAGUGUCAACACUGUCAGAAAGCCUUUGGCUGCUACUUAGGUCUCCGUCGACACCAGCAAGUUCACACUCAAAAGUAACAAGUAGCAAUACUACCUGUGGUCGCCAGGUGACAGCAGGACCUGCCAUCUGAGACCUAAAAUUGAAACAUUCACAUUGUAAGUCCAUCUUUCCCCUGCCCCUGCCCCUGAAAUAUAUAUAGAUCUCUAUAUUAAUAAAGAUUGAUUAGCAAAUUUGCACACAAGUUUAAUUAAAACAGUGAAAAUACAAAAGAAGCUGUGCAGUAUCCAAAUUCAGAGGUAGACUCUAGCCAGUCUCCCCAGUUAAAUUUCACCUCUGCCAUCUGCUACCUAAGUGACUUAGAGAGAGUCAUGGAACUUCUCAGGGCCUCAGUAUCCUCAUCUGUAAAAUAAGUAAAAUAAUAGUUACCUACCUCAGAGAUGUGAGGAUAAACUGAUGUAAAGCACUUAGCACUAAGUGGCCAGCACAUACUAAGUACUCGCCAAGCAUGAGCUAUACAUAUACUUUAUAUACAACAUAAACGUACUCUAGGAGAAUGAGAAGCUCUUUAUAUUUACUGCAGUUAAUGUUCUUACUGAUAUGGGUGGCUUUAAUUUUAAAGUUUUUCUCCAAAAUGCCCCUGGCUUAAUUUGGUUCUCCAAUCCUAGCACAUUCAUCUUUAAAAUAAAAAAAUCUAACCUUUUCCUUCCCUCCAUCUUUUUUUUGUCCCAGUAUUUUCUUAACUAGCCCACAGAAAGUCAAGAAGAGCACUUAAAUUAACAUCAAAUGGCUAAAACUUUUAACUUUCUACUCGUAACCUCUCAUUCAAAAGGACCUUUUCCACAUAUACAUGCCAAAUUAUUUUUUCUAAUCCUCACCCAAGGACAUGUUUUUAUUGAUUUUUAUAGGGACGGGGAGAGAGGGAGGCAUUUACUGGCUGCCUCCUGCACGUGCCCUGACCAGGGAUCAAACCUACAACCUAGAUAGGUGCCCUGACUGGGAAUUGAACCCGCAACCUUUUGGUGUACGGGACCACACUCCAACCAAUUGAGCCACUCAGCCAGGACCACAUGCCACCUUUCCCCAUAAUCUUCCCAUGUUUAAAGUUACUGGUUAUAUAAGGAACCCAUUUUUUUGUUAAUUGGAGUUAGUGAUCCUGGAACAGCUGGAUUGAGUUAGGAAAGCUGCACUGGAUAUUGUCACGGUGUACACUACACAGAGGAUGUGCUUGGUGGUGGAAAUUGUGAUGGACUGCUGGAAUCUUCUUGGUGCACCAUUUGUCCAAGUUGGCUACUCACCAGGCACUUUCCCAGGAGCCAGGACAGGGAAUGUCAGUAUGGUAAGCCCUGCCCUUGCCUCGAAGCUUCUGGAAUCCAAGGGAAAUUGGUGGUCCCAUUUUCACAGAGGAGUGGUUUGUUGACAAGUGACGUCUUAAAAUGCCACAUUCCCUCGUGUCACAGCGAGUUCUAGGGCCUAGGGCCGCUGAGGAUUGUUAGAGCCCAGUAAGGAAAAGAGCUUUCCUGUUGGAGCCAUCAAGUGGACAGCUCACCUUGGCCAGGCCUGUGCUACAGCUGAGACUCACCUCACGGAACCACACAACCUGCUCCUCUAGAUGGCAGCUCCUCUCUGGGCUUUUGUGCCCUACCCACUAAGUGAACAAGUGACAUGUCUGCUGAAGCACAAACAAUCCUAGACAUUGGACACUUAAUAUCUUUCAUAUUCUUGGUGCUAAAAAAGUAUAAGAGUAUGUUUCCUAUGGCUCUUGGACUUUUUAAGCCUUGCACUUUGAGUUCUGCUGGUUGGUUUUGUUCUUGAAAUUGGGAACUUAAUGGUUAAUCAUUAGGCUAACUGUGAAGUAGGGAGCAUACUGGUUUUCUAAUGGCCAAAAUGUCUCACUCCCUGUGCAUGGUCCCUGCCCCUGAAACUGUCUAGUCUGGGUAACAGGCCAGUGGGGUCUACAAAGUGUUGCAGGAUGGGGGAGAGGUGGGAACUCAAAACGAGUUGAAGUGUAUUCAAUGAAGAGUUUUAAUACUAAACUCACAGGUCGAAAACCCUGUGGAAAGUCAGCAGCUUGGGCGGGGGGGCAGUUUUCAUAAUUAAUGACCUGUGUUGCUAUAAGCCAGGGUAGAAAUGCCCUCCUUGUGUGUAUGUUGAUUCUCUGAUUAAAGUUUUGAGUCUGAAA